ACUGGUCUGCCCCAUUCCCGCGAUUCACUGUGUUCUUGUCAAUUCGUUUCUUUUACAACAAUACGCGAAAAUGUCUGCUCGACCUUACGACGGCAAGCUUGGCAUCGUCACUGGUGGCUCGCGGGGUAUCGGUGCCGCCGUUGUCAGACGUUUGGCGGCCAAGGGCUGCAAUCUUCUCAUUGCCUACACCUCGUCCUCGUCGGAACAGCCAACACAAGCUCUCAUCUCAGAAUUGACGUCGACAUACCAGAUCCAAGCGACUCUCGUCCAGGCCGACCUCGCCUCCCCCGCCGCGGCCAGCGCGACCAUCCUGCAGGCUGCCAAGGACUUUUACGCGAGCUACAAUGCCUCGAGCCCGUUCCGCGUGGAUAUCCUCAUCAACAAUGCCGGCGUGUCCAGCAACCAGACCAUGAACGACCCUCAAAAGGGCGAGAUCCAAGCAGAGGAGUUUGAGCGGGUCUACGCCGUCAACGUGCUGGCCCCUCUCCUCCUGACGCAGGCUGUCGCCCCGUUCCUGCCCAAGGACAGGAGUGGUCGCAUCGUCAGCGUGAGCAGCGUGUCGAGCUCCAUCGGGUACCAAGGCCAGUCGGUCUACGCGGGCAGCAAGGCCGCCGUCGAGGCCAUGACGCGCACCUGGUCGCGCGAGCUCGCGACACGCGCCACGGUCAACUGCGUGAACCCGGGGCCCGCCUGGGGCGACAUGUACGCCGAGGCGGGCGAGACGUUCUGGAAGAUCAACCAGCCAUACGUCGACGCGGCGCCUCUGGCCGAGUAUGAUGGCGAGGAGUAUGUGCUGGCCCAGCUCAACGGUCACGCGGAGCAGGAGAGGUUUGACAAAAUUGUCAGGGAAGGCAUGGGCGGCAGGAGGCCCGGCUUCACCAAGGAGAUUGCGGGCACGAUUGACAUGCUGUGCUCCGAGGAGUCUGGGUGGACGACGGGCAGUGUCAUCUGUGCCAACGGCGGCAUGAAAAUGUCCAUUGCCUGAGAGUUGACAGUAAUUAAUAGAGCGAGAGUACCAAAGAGGCAUGUGAAUGUAACCCAAUUGCAAAGGGACCCCUUUCUUGUCUUCCUGAGGCGCAGCCAGGCACAUGUGGCGCAACGAUUGGCGAGGGGCAGCGAUGACCCCGCGCCCUGCAACGUCGCUGGCCCGCCAGUGACGCAUUAUUGUGGGCGAUCAGCAUGGCUUGUUACAGAAGCUUGUCUGUUAUAAUCACGGGAAACAAAUGCUGCCUGGUACCUUGACAUGAACACAUGUCCUGUCUGAGAGCAAGCGUUCUACUUUCUGCAGCUUCAACUCACAUCCUGCGUUCGAAUUUCCUUCUCCCAAGAUUCUAUUCCAUCCC